AGCAGGAAAGCACCACAUAUUCCCGGUUCCCUCGUUUGACAAUUUGGAUGCAACGUGACUGAGAGAUCAGAUCUUUGAGAGCACCAGGCCCAGGCCGUACAUAUAAACAGGCUGCAAGUUCCGCUUCCGCUGCAGUUCAAGUUUCCUUCUCCGACUCCUUCUCAACACGCGAGGGUCAAGCAGCAUCACCAAUCUCAAUCCAGUCACCCAACAUUGUGACCUGUUCAGGACUUCAGGUUCUUGCACCCCAUCAAUCCACGAGCGUCUUAUCAACGCAUCGGUGCAUGAGUUUCCUGCCGAUAAUAUUCCAUAGCCAUGGCCACCUCGGACACCAGAACUUCCAGAAAUGAGCACUCGUCUGCGCAAGACAACGCGAAUUCAACACCGGCCGCGCACCCGGCAAACAAGUUCAUCCCGGCUACCAAGGACGCCAAGCGCCUCUACUGGGCUCUCACCGGACCCCUGAGCACUUCCAUCUUUGUCAUGCCCGAACCCUUUUACGACCCGAACGCUCCUCUCGAGCCGUACGUCCGCGGGGGUUCAUCCGGCGCCGAUGCGUCGGAAUUGCAUCCCGUCUCGCAGUCCCCGCUCACCGAACCCAAGAUCAGAUCCGCCACGGUGAGCGUCGACGUCCUGGACGACUGGGAGAAGCUUUGGGGCGAGACGCACGACGGGCACUGGGAUGGACCCGACGACGACUGGGAGGCCGAAGGCAGCCAAGUCCGCUUCGGGAUGAUUCCCGGCGAGGACCCGGAAUACGAGGGCUUCCCCGGGCAGGAGCACCUGCGGAGGUGCUGCGGAGUAGACCGUCCGCUUGACAAGGCCGCCAAGUUGGUGGUGGAGGCGACGGGAGAGUUCCUGACGGUGCAUGAUUUUGUGUCGGCGGUGCAUCCCUGGCUGCUGGGCUUGCGCGACGAUAUCCUGGCUGCUUAUGGGGAUGCCGUGGCCGGCAAGCCCUUGCCGCCGGGGACGAAGCUGAUGGUUUCUCAUCCGAAGCCGGGUUCUCUGAUGGUCAUGCCAGAGGAGAGGUGGAAGGCCAAUCGCAAGAAGCACCCGCUGCACGACCGGUUGGCAGCCAUGACUUGGCUGUGUGAGCCGCUCACAUAUUCUGGAGCCGGGCAGACUGGGAGUUGAAGUCAAACAUCCGGAUCACGGAGCACGACGGUGACCUCCUGCUAGGGGAUGUCAAAGUUGGGACGGUGUCUACCGUCACGGGUAGCAACUGAACUGUGGUGGCGCAAUCGAACAAAAUGACCGAAAUAAUUAGCUCUACCUGUAUUAAGUGGACAACAUGAGAGAAUUCAAUCUCACAAGGUUAAGCCGCACGUAAGUACAUUGAGCUCAUCACCCAGUUAUGAUUCCG